AUGAUGACGUGCCGUCUGCUGUGCGCCCUGUUGGUGCUCGGCCUGUGCUGCUGCCCGUCCGUGUGCACCUCAGAGUCUCCGGAGGAGAAUGUUGAUGAUUCCAGGACGACGACGAACACGACAACACAGCCACCAACCGCUAACGGGCCGUCUGGCGCUGAUGAAAGCGUCAACAGUCGUUCUUCUAAUUCAGAGUCAGGACAACGGGUGGAAGGUGAGUCAGGGUCGCCAGGCGCGGGGGCCACUGCGGGAAAAUCAGCAAAUAGUGCGCCAGAGACACCAGGCUCUACCGGUCCGGAAAAGCAAUCAAAUGAAGCUUCCAGUGCAGUACAGUCAAAUGGUACGAACGGUGCGACAGAGCCACCAAGUCCCACGGAUCCUUCUUCAGACAAAGCAGAUCAGGGAGUCGAAGAUGCUGCCGAGACGACCACGACGACUACAACAAAGGCACCAACCACGACGACCACGACGACUACCACCACAACACAGGCACCAAGUACUACGACUACAACAGAGGCGCCAACUACGAUGAGCACCCGCACACCGUCACGUCUGCGUGAAAUCGACGGCAGCCUCAGCAGCUCUGCGUGGGUGUGUGCCCCGCUGCUGCUCGCCGUAUCCGCGCUGGUGUACACCACUCUGGGCUGA